AUGAAGUUUACCGUCCUUUCCUCCUUGUUGGCUCUCCUUGCACUUGCCCAUGGUCAGGAAGAGCAAUCGGUCUUGGCUGAUACGACCGAGCCCCCUCUGAGAAUAUCCAUACAGACCCCAACGGGACAGGUCCAUUCAUCCGCUCUCGCGACUGCCGUGUCUAAAGUCCUUGAUUCUGGACAAGUUCGCGAUGUGCUGGCUGGAUCGGCUGACGAGACUUUCAACGGACCAACUUCCCACCGGUUCCUCUAUGUUGACAACCUGCGUGAGCCCAACGAGAAGAAUGAGCGCAACAGCUUCAGAGCUGUUGUAGCAGACUACAAGAACCGCAGGACAGUCUACGUGAAUGUUGAUGAUGCGCUCGGGCCUCCGUCGGAUGCAUCGAUCCAGAUAACAAAUGAUCAGCCUCUUCCGAGCGAGGAAGAACUCCGGGAUGCCGCCUCAAUCGCAGGAUUCGGACCAAAUGCGACCGUCUUCAGCAGAAUGCCUGUCAUCAUUCCCGAAGUGAAUCCCGAUGGGUCAACGUCUCGAAUCCUUCGCAUUCACGCUGGCAAUAGCAGCAAGGAGGCGCUCCGGUUUUUCGACGUCAAUAUGUAUGCUAGGACAGCGACGUCCGUCCAGGCCCCCCAAGUACUGCCAACCUGUACAGCAGUACCACUGAACAAAUCGGUCACUUAUUCGGGGAGGACGCCUGGGACGGCACAUGUGAGAAUCACCGACAUUCACAACAACUUACUUUGGGAGUUAAGGGUGAACAGACCUGGAGCGUCGAGUGGGAGCCUUGGAUCUGGAGUGGAGUUGGUCGACGUACGAUAUAAGAACAGGAUGGUGCUGAAACAAGCACAUUUGCCCAUACUCAAUGUGAACUAUCUGGAAGAAGUUCCGAAUUGUGGACCCACGUAUCGAGACUGGGUGUACAGAGAGUAUCCAUUUGACUGCGCCGGUAAUGAUGCCGUGCCGGGAUUUCGCGAGUGCAAACCAAGCAGAUCUUACACGUUCACGGACGGCAGACCCGAUGCGGACGGUUUUCGAGGCGUUUCUUUUGAUGCCUACGACGACAGAGUUGUCAUUAGGUCACAACUAUGGGCGGACUGGUACCGCUAUGUUCCUGAAUGGACACUAUGUGCCAACGGCACCAUCUUGCCACGCUGGGGGUUCGGCGGCGUGCUGCAGAAAGAUCGUCCCUGCAUCUGUGUCAAGCAUCAUCACCACGCAUAUUGGCGAUUGGACUUUGACAUCGAAACCUCCAAGAACAACGAAGUCCGCCAGUGCGACGGCGACCAGUGCACGGCGCAGCAGUACAAGGUGAAUAUGCAGAAGGCCGCCAACAGACACUGGGACAUUGUCAACACCGCCACUGGCCGUGGCUACAGGCUGACGCCCGGCAAGACAGAUCGGAAGGCCGGUGACCCUGGUGACGCGACUGGAUUUGGCGUGGGCGAUUUGUGGCUUGUCAAGGCGAGUGAUCCGAUUGACGACGGCUGUCUUAAUAUCAGAGGAUCCUGGCCGCCCGUAUCGGGGGACUGCGCCCAAGCGAAUUUUAAAGCGAUCAUGAAACCCCCGCUCGAUUCGGUUCAACAUCAGGAUCAGGUCCUCUGGUACUCUGCGUCCUUCAUGCAUCAUCAGGAUCACGACAACCCCGCGAUACCCCACCAGGUAGGGCCAUCGUUGGAACCUAUUGGCACCUGGUAA